GCCUCAGACAUACUCUGUAAGCAAUCACUUUGAAACUUACAAAAAAACUCUUUAAUCAUACAAAAUUUUCUUGAUUUGGUUUUUCAUUCAAAUUCUUCGUUUUUGGGUUUUCAGGAAAUUGAUCUUAGAGAAGUCUUUUAAUUUUGUAUUAGCAAUGGCUGCUGUUGGUGGAAUUUUAGUUUGGGUGGUCAAUAUAUGUGCAAUUCUUCUGCUCAAUCUAUUCUCUACUGCAUCUGGUGAUGCUUUGAGAAUCAAUUUUGGUUACACAGGCCCAAUAGGCCCAAAUAAUUGGGGAAGGUUGAACCCAACAUUUUCGGCCUGCUCAACUGGCAAAUCUCAGUCCCCAAUAAAUAUUGACAGUGCUAAUCUUGUUAUUAACAAAAAUUUGAAGCCCUUGAUUAUGCAAUAUAAUCAUUCUGAAGUUGCUACUUUGGUUGAUAAUGGCUAUAAUGUUGGGAUAAAAUAUGGGGAAAAUGCAGGAACUUUGGUUGUGGAUGGUAAAACUUACAACUUGAAGCAAAUGCACUGGCAUUCUCCUUCCGAACACCGACUUGAUGGGAUUCAAUAUGCUGCGGAGCUUCAUCUAGUUCAUUUUGCUGAAGAUAAUAGUAUAGCAGUAUUGGCAACCCUCUUCCAUAUUGGCCAUCCUGAUCCCCUAAUGACCAAGCUUCAAAACAAACUGAAUGAGCUGGCAAGGGACGUGGCAUCACAGAAAGAAACACAGAUUCAGCUGGGAAGUAUAGACACACAUGAAAUAAGGAAACACACACACAAAUAUUACUCAUAUACUGGUUCUUUAACUACUCCUCCAUGCUCUGAAAAUGUCUCUUGGCACAUCCUUGGCAAGGUGAGAUCAAUAUCAAGAGAGCAAGUAGAAGCUUUGAGAGCUCCAUUGGAUUCGAGGUGCAAGAGAAAUGCAAGACCAGUACAGCCCUUGAAUGGAAGGCAAAUUCAGAUGUAUGAAGUCCAAGCAAAUGUUAAUUAGUUUUUUUAUAUGUCUAGGGGAAACAAUAAUUUUAUAUAUGUAUCUCUCUCUAUAUAUAUUCCCCCGAUGAAAAGCUCGUUAAUUAAGUUCUCUAUCUAAAUUCUAAUCCUAAUUACAUAAACACAUA